AUGAUGCAUCUUUUGAGCGCGUUGCACAUUGCUCGCCAGUGUCGCAAGAAGCUGCCUAGUGAUGAACUGGCCUCGCUUUCCGUCGAGGGCAUGGUGUUCAACCUCCCAGACCCGCAGGCCGCCCGGCAGUCUGACGUGGGAAACGACCCGCCAGAUAUCAGAAGGAUGAAGGCCGUAGUGAAACUCGAUGUCGAAUACGAUAGGGUUAUUGCCUGUGCUCAGCGAGUCGUCACGAAUAAAGUGCCAAACAAGCGGGAGAUCCUUGUCAUCCUCGAGGAAUCGAGACGCGAGCUUCAAUGGAUUCUCUCCAAGUACAAUACUUCGGAGCUAUACACACGAUGGCUCUUGAAAAAGACAAAACAGCCCGCAGACAGCUCCGUUCGGGGCAUGUCUGAGCUUGAAAAUCCGCCAGGAAUCUUCCAGAAGCUUGUCAAGAACGUUGAUGAGUAUCUUGCGAGGUCUGCUGGUGAAGAUGUUCCGCUUCAAAUCCCGACAGACCCUUGGAGAAAUGACGCCUCGGGAGAGACACUCACCUUUAUGGUUCUUACUGCGGGGACGGACCUGCCAUUGAGGCAUAUUACCAUGGAUUUCUUCGAGACAGCGAGGCAGAUCCGGUGGCCUGGAAGGUGCCAGGUCUGA